AUGUUCUCGCGAUAUAAUUACUAUGCUUGUUAUCUUAUUUUUGUAUUUCUUAUUAUAAAUGAAAUCUUCGUUGAUUCCAUACAAAUCCGUGUAGAAAACAAAGGUGGAUAUAUUGCUCGUAUUCUUAUCCGUUAUCAUAAUUCGAAAAAUGAAGAACAAUUACAUACUUCUGGUGGUUUGUCAGCAUUUCAAUCGUCAACAAUUAAUAUUGAAAAUAAUGCUAACUCAAUAGAAAUCGAGGUACAAUUGUAUGCAUUUAUUAAUUCAUUACGUAGUAUAUUUAAAACAACUAAUCCGUGUCCUCAUACAAGAUGUUUUGUUAUUUGGGGAACGAUCUUUAAAGCAGAUUGGAAUGAAAUUUGUUGUACAUAG